AUGGCCGUGGACAGGGUGCCCCGGAGGGUGGGGGUGGUGGGCUAUGGCCGGUUAGGACAAUCCCUUGUCUCCCACCUGCUGACUCAGGGGCCAGAACUGGGCCUAGAACUUGCGUUUGUCUGGAAUCGGGACCCAGGAAGAAUGGCAGGGAACGUGCCUCUUCCCCUGCAGCUGCAGGACCUCAAUGCCCUUGGGGAGAGGCGCCCCGAUCUGGUGGUGGAAGUGGCCCAUCCCCAAAUAAUCCAUGAUUCUGGGGCCCACAUCCUGCGUCAUGCCAGUCUGCUGGUGGGGUCCCCCUCAGCUCUGGCGGACCCGGCUACUGAACACCAGCUCCGAGAGGCGUCCCACCGCUGGGGCCACGCUGUGUUCGUCGCCCGGGGGGCCUUGUGGGGAUCGGAGGACAUCACCAGGCUGGACGCAGCAGGGGGCCUUCAGAGCCUCCGAGUCACCAUGGCCACGCACCCCGACGGCUUCCGCCUUGAGGGGCCCCUGGCCGCGGCCUCCAGGACCGGACCCCGCACGGUGCUCUACGAGGGUCCGGUGCGGGGACUGUGCCCAUGGGCCCCCCGUAACUCCAACACCAUGGCGGCCGCAGCCCUGGCCGCCCCUAGCCUGGGCUUCGACCACGUCGUCGGGGUGCUGGUGGCCGAUGACAGCCUCCCGGACAUGCACGUGGUGGAGGUGGAGCUGAGCGGACCUCUGGGCCCCAGCGGCCGCAGCUUCGCCGUGCGCACCCGCCGGGAGAACCCGGCCGAGCGGGGCGCGGUCACCGGCUCGGCCACGGUCACCGCCUUCUGGCGCAGCGUCCUGGGCUGCUGCCAGCUCCCCUCCAAGCCAGGGAUCCAUCUCUGCUGA